AUGGAUGAACCUACGCGGCCCUGCUGUUUCAGCCGGUACGUGCGGAUCGUGGCGCGAACGACUUUCGCGGUUGUCAACAACUUAUACUGCGUCCCGGCUUACGUGGUGUGGAUGAUGGCGCUGCGCAUGGUCAAACCUAUUUGCAAAUCUCUCUAUUGGAAGCUCGAAGGACUCAUGUAUCACUGGCUGCUGGCGAUGGUCUCCAUGUGGUCCUGGACGGCUGGAUAUGAAAGUAAGUCUGUUUUGUUGUUCAGAGACGGCGCGCCUUAUUUCAAGCUAUAUAUAUAUACCUGUGACGAAUUUGAUUAA